AUGGCUGCAACCUGUGAGAUCAGCAACGUUUUCAGUAACUACUUCAGUGCCAUGUACAGCUCGGAGGACCCUACUCUGGCCUCUGUUCCCCCCGCUGCCGCCUUUGGGACUGAUGACCUGGUACUGACCCUGAGCAACCCCCAGAUGCCACUGGAGGGCACAGAGAAGGCCAGCUGGUCGGGGGAGCAGCCCCAGCUCUGGUCAAAGGCCCAGGUUCUGGACUGGAUCAGCUACCAAGUGGAGAAGAACAAGUACGACGCGAGCUCCAUCGACUUCUCGCGGUGCGACAUGGACGGGGCGGCGCUCUGCAGCUGCGCCCCCGAGGAGCUGCGUCUGGUCUUCGGGCCCCUGGGGGACCAGCUCUAUUCCCAGCUGUGGGACCUCACUUCCAGCUUUCCGGAUGAACUCAGCUGGAUCAUGGAGCUGCUGGAGAGGGACAUCAGCCCCUUCCAGGGGACCCCCGGAGACCCAGGCCCCUUGGACCAGGGAAGCCCCUUCGGCCAGGACAUGUUAGAAGACUGCCAGCAGGCCAGCCCCUGCUACCGGGGCAGCUAUGGCACGGGAGCCCCCUCCCCAGGCAGCUCCGACGUCUCCACCCCCGGGACUGGCACCUCUCAGAGCCCGCGCUCCUCAGACUCUGGUGCAAGUGACAUGGACCUGGACCCCUCCGACAGCAAGCUCUUCUCCAGUGAUGGCUUUCCUGACUAUAAGAAGGGGGAUCCUAAGCAUGGGAAACGGAAACGGGGCCGGCCUCGAAAGAUGAGCAAAGAGUCCCGGGAGUGCCUGGAGGGCAAGAAGAGCAAGCAUGCCCCCAGAGGCACCCACCUGUGGGAGUUCAUCCGGGACAUCCUCAUCCACCCGGAGCUCAACGAGGGCCUCAUGAAGUGGGAGAACCGGCAGGAGGGCGUUUUCAAGUUCCUGCGGUCCGAGGCUGUGGCCCAGCUGUGGGGCCAGAAGAAGAAAAACAGUAGCAUGACGUACGAGAAGCUGAGCAGGGCCAUGCGGUACUACUACAAACGGGAGAUCCUGGAGCGGGUGGACGGCCGGCGACUCGUCUACAAAUUUGGCAAAAACUCCAGCGGCUGGAAGGAGGAAGAGGUUGUCGGGAGUCGGAACUGAGGGUCCAGUUAGACCCGGACCCAAACGCACGGACUUGCGGUCUGCAGCCCCUCCUGGGAGGACCGCCAGGCCCCCCGCAUUCGGGUGUGUGCCCUGCUCUGCUGUGGAGAGAAGCGGAGGUCCCAGAACCUUGUCAGCCAUCGCCCUGGGAUCCAGGCCUGCGGCCAUCCUCUCUGCCCCCCACUUGGGAUCACAAGCCCUGGGCUUUGGAGUGACCUGGCUGCCGACUUGGGCUCAGUGCAGCUCCGUGUGUCUGGGGCCACCUCCGACCCAAUCCAGACCCUGGCUGUGGACAGUGCCGUCCCCCCUGCAGAUGCCUGGACUGAGCCACGGAGGCCGGGGGAGGCCGCAGGGCACCGUAAGCAGGGGGGACAGGAUGGGGCCCUCCCUCACCUGCUCUCUGGACUGGCUUCCACCUCAGUGCUUGGACACCGCGGGCGGGGGUCAGAGCACUCCCUAAUUUAUGUGUUAUAAAUAUGUCAGAUGUACAUAGAGAUCUAUUUUUUCUAAGACAUUUCCCUCCCUUCUCUUCUCCCACUGAGUACCAGUGGCCAGACCGACUGUUCAGGUGCUCUGCUGGGCCAGUGGGUGUUGGGGCAGAGCCAGGGUCCUCAGGGUGCAGCCCCCAGCUCCUUUCUCCUGUGAAUGGAGGCAGAGACCUCCAAUAAAGUGCCUUCUGGACUUUUCCUAA